AUGACGUGCAUACAUCCUUGCCAAAAACACGUUAUUACAUUCUUGCUAAGAAUAGUGUUGUACUGUGGAAGUUUUGCGAUCGGACAGAUUAGUUCCGGAAGAACACCAUUAUUCACCAUCUUUCCAGAUACGACCAAUAUUUUGACUCUCAAGUCGACCAGUGUGAACGUCACCGUGAAACAUUCCAAUAAAGGUCCACUUUCAAGAUCCUUCUCAACUUGA